AUGGCUGCGGUAGCCAGUGAUGGGCAGACGCAGCCCGCCACCCUUGUGCGCGAGCUUUGGCGACAUCCGAACCCCUCCUCGACAGCCUUGCACAAGUUCACGCUCCAUGUCAACGCCAAGUAUAACCUCCAGCUAGACGGCUACCCUUCCCUCUACCGUUGGUCAAUCGACAAUGUGUCGGAGUUUUGGGAGGAAGUCUGGCAUUUUGUCGGAAUAAAGUCCUCGCGGACCUUUGACCAGGUCCUCCCGCCCAACGCGCCCAUGUAUCCCCGUCCGGACUUCUUCGCCGGGUCGCUGCUCAAUUUCGCCGAGAACCUGCUCUUCCCCGCCAACGCCGACGUGGCCCCGGACGCGGUGGCGGUCAUCACCACCACGGAGCUGGGGAACCCGGUCUCGACCACGUGGUCCCAGCUUCGAGAGGCCGUGCGCCGAUGCAGCAGCGGGCUCCGCUCCGUCGGUGUAACCCGGGGUGACGUUGUGGCCGGGUACGUCUCCAACCACGCACAGGCCCUCGUGGCUUCGCUUGCCGCCGCUGCCCUUGGCGCCGUAUGGACCGGCAUUAGCCCUGACACCGGCGUGAGUGCCGUGCUCGACCGCUUGGCUCAAAUCGGGCCCAAAGUGCUGUUCGCCGACAAUGGGACCGUCUACAACGGCAAGUUGUGGAGCAGCACCGCCAAAACCACCGAGAUUGUGGGGUCUCUGAAGGAGAAGGGGCUGGAGCUGGUGGUCGUCAUCGACAAUGUGCCAUGUGAAUUGGCGCUUGAUGAGCUGAGAGAAAAGGGGGUCAAGGCAUCAGAGUAUGAGAGCUUCUUAAAGAGCUCCCCCGACGAACCGCUCAAGUUCGAGCAGCUGCCCCCGUCCCACCCCCUCUACGUGCUCUAUUCCAGCGGCACGACAGGCCUGCCCAAGGCCAUUAUCCACACGGCGCUUGGUACGUUGAUCCAGCACAAGAAGGAGCAUUUCCUUCACUGCUCCUUGUCUUCCUCCUCCCGCAUGCUCUACUACACGACGACCUCCUGGAUGAUGUGGCACUGGUCCAUUGCUGCUCUGGCCGUGGGCGCUACUGUCGUCCUCUACUCCGGUUCACCGUUCAAGCCGCACGGUCCAUUGUCCCUGCCACGCCUCCUGUCCGAGCUCGAGGUGACGCACUUUGGCACAUCAGCAGCCUACCUUACGGCGCUCGAAGCCAACAACGUCCGGCCGGUGGCAGAAGAAGGGCUGGACCUCAGCCGACUGGAGGCCAUCUACUCGACGGCCAGCCCACUGCCGCCCAGCACCUUCAACUUCGUCUACGAGGCCUUCCCGCCGCACAUCAACCUUGGCUCGAUCACGGGCGGCACCGACAUCAUCUCCCUCUUCGGGGCGCCCUGCCCGCUGCUCCCCGUGCGGACGGGGGAGAUCCAGUGCGCCGGACUGGGCAUGGCGAUCCGGGCGGUCGACUCGGUCACGGGGGAGCCGGUCCCUGGCGACGAGCCGGGCGACCUCGUUUGCGUGCGGCCGUUCCCGAGCCAGCCCCUGACCUUCUGGGGUGAGAACGGCGACGUCAAAUACCGCGCGGCAUACUUUGAGCGAUUCGCCGACGUGUGCGGUGUUCCGGGGCCGACGUGGCACCACGGCGACUUUGUCCGCAUCCCGGACCCGGCGACGGGCGGGCUCGUGAUGCUGGGGCGGUCGGACGGCGUGCUGAAGCCGGCGGGGGUGCGGUUUGGCAGUGCCGAGAUUUACAAUGUGCUCGCGCGCUUCUUCGCUGCCGAGGUGGCGGAUGCGGUUUGCGUCGGUCGCCGCAGGCCCACAGACACGGAUGAGACGGUCUGCUUGUUCGUGGUGGUGAAUCCGGACACAACGUUUGGGGAUGAGCUGCGGGCGCGGAUCAAGGAUGUCAUUCGCAGGGAGCUGAGCCCGCGACACGUCCCCGGUGUGGUGGAGGAGUGCGGUGGUGGGGUUCCUAAGACGGGUAACGGCAAGAAAAUCGAGGUGGCAGUCAAACAGAUCCUUUCGGGAAUGGAUGUCACAACCAAUGCCAGCGUGGCUAACCCGGAGGCGUUGGAGUGGUUCCGGGCGUGGGCCAAGGACCACUGA